GGCCAUUUGGUAUCCUUAUUAAGGAGCUAAGAAAUGGUUUGAUUGGCCCAUUUCUUAAGUGUUAAGUACAAAACCUAAAUUAGAAUUUAGCCUUACCUACCCCCAUUGUAUGAAUUGAAGAACAAAUCUUUGAUGACACUAUACUUUCAGAGAGCUACAGCAAUGAGUGUUGAUGGAAGACAACUGCCAAUGCCAGUUCAACAAGCUGUAAGUCCUGGAAUAGCACAGGCCAGCUUCAAUCAAGAUGACAUCCUGGCACAGCUCAACAGAAACCCACAGCUGCGCAACAUGUUUGCAAAUGUUGAUCCAGGAGCAUUUGAGGUGGCUAUGAAGAUGUUAAGCCAAAUGGAUCCUGUCAUGCUGGGUCGUUUGGCCAGCGGAGACACCUCCAUUUUGACCCAGAUGUGUGCCAAAGCUGGCAUAGACUUGCUGUAAUUUGGUGACAUUUAUAAAUACCUGACAUGAUUUAGGUUUGUAAUCUUCACCAAGUUUACGAUAAGACAUUUAACAGAUACCUGACAUGAGUUCGGUUUGUUACUCGAGUUUACAAUAUUGAAGCUGAUACCAUUAUCGUAAUGUACAUAGGCCGAUAGUGAUACUGUAUGCAUAUGGUGCAUUGGUAGGCUGGCAAAGACUUCGGGAAAUGCCAGGAUGAGGUACCUUACUCUGGUCAGUCUAGUGAAAUUAGGGGGUGACCCAUGGAAUAUUUGCCACCCAUGAAAUCAAGGAACAUUUAUGUUUCAAAUUAUCUUAUCUAUCUUAA